AGUAGUACAUUUGGGACAUGUGUAGGUGAAACAUCUUAAAUACCUUGAGUGCACAGGAACCCCGAGGCAUGAUUUUUGCUCCAAACAUAAUAGCUUUGAUCGUGGGAUGUUUGAAAAAAGCAUGCGUCUCACUCCGAAGAUAUCGGCAAAAGGUUUUAUUUUCCGAGCGGAACAACUGGGAGGUUGGAAGACCCUCUGAAGGAGAAUGAAUAUGGAAAGAAAAAACAGCCAUAUCGAAAAUGGUACCAGCAUUGAAACACAGUUUGGAGCCAUGACACUUCAACAGCAUAAUGACAUUCCACAACAUAAUAAUAUUAAAAGUUCUACAUCACUCAGACAACCACCAAUUCAAAAUUCAGACCAGUAUCUUCAGGACUUCAGAAUCGACCAGAAGAAUGGUGGCACAGUAGUUGCUCCAAACAUACUAGGAUCCAUAAUAGCUGGUGAUGUAUAUGUGACACAGGUGUCUCACUUUACCUCAAUAAACAACAAUGAAACUCUUCAGAGUGUAAAGAGUAAGAUAAAAACAAGGAUGAUGAAGGACUCUGAGAGGAUUUUGGAGGGAAGUGCACAACAGUCAGUCUCUCUAAAUAAGAUCUACACACAACUGUUCAUCAUCAAUGACGAGUCAGACCCCAUCAAUAGAGAACACGAGAUCUGGCAGAUUGAGACGACCAAUGAUUUAAACACAUCAGCACAGAAAAUCAUAAACUAUAAUGAAAUUCUUAAACCACCACUGGAUGAAAAUAGAACCAUGAAGAUUGUUUUAACAAAAGGAAUUGCCGGAAUUGGGAAAACGGUCACUGUGCAGAAGUUUGUCCACGACUGGGCAAGUGGAAAAGCCAAUCAGGAUCUAGAAUUUGUUUUCCUCCUCCCAUUCCGAGAGCUUAACUUGCUCGGGGGAAAAAAGAGUCUUUCUGACCUGCUUUGUGACUUUUACCCAGAGUUCAAAAACGCGAGAACUAUCUCUGACUGGAUCUGCGAUAGAAAAGUUCUGUUCAUCUUAGAUGGGCUGGAUGAAUAUAAAAAUGAAUUGAGCUUUCAAACCAGCAUUUUGUCAGACCUUACUAAAAAAGACACAGUGGAUGUCCUCCUAGCAAACCUUCUUAGAGGAAAACUGCUUCCAUCUGCACACCUGUGGAUCACCAGCCGGCCUGUGGCAGCUGAACAGCUUCCGUUUGAGAUCUUCAGACAGGGAUAUGUCACACAGAUCAGAGGAUUCAUAGAUGAACAGAAGGGCGAGUACUUCACGAGGCAGUUUGAGGAUCCAGAUCUAACCCAAAAAGUCAUCUGUCACCUAAGGACUCAUAAGAGCCUGUGGAUACUUUGCCACAUUCCCCUCUUUUGUUGGAUUUCAUCGGUUGUUCUGAAAACCAUCAUUAAAAGUCAAAAUAAAGCUAGUGAAAUGCCCUCAAAUCAGACAGAAAUGUAUAUCCACUAUCUGCUCAUUCAGACUGGGUUAAGCCACAACAAAUAUCAAGGCAAAAGUGUGUCACAAGAAGAUGCUCUCAUAGAGCACAAAGAACUGAUUAAGAAACUGGCGGCGUUGGCCUACUGGAAGCUGAAGGAACAGAAUGCAAUCUUCAGUAAAGAAGACUUGAGGAAAUAUUAUAUCACUCCUGAUGAAGCUCUUCGAUACCCCGGCAUCAUCACGUAUGUCUCUGAGUGCAAGUCUGGAUAUAACAGGACUAAACUUUUCAGCUUUGUCCAUAUCAGUGUCCAGGAAUUCUUUGCAGCCUUGUUUGUUUUUCAUGAAUUUCUAUCAGGAAAUCAAGACUCCCUGGCAUUAACUAAAGCUAAAAUGGGGCAAAAGUCUAAUUUGUCAGAUUUUCUCAAAAGCGUGAUUGAUGUGGCUGUGGAAAGCAAAAAUGAACACUUGGAUCUUUUUAACUGUUUUCUCUUUGGGAUUUCUUGUGAUUCCAGCAGACGUAUACUCGAGGGACUCCUGCCUCGAUCGGAAGACAGUAGUUUAGAAGAACACAAAAAAGUGACCAAGUACAUUAAGUCUUUGAGGAGGAAAGAUCUGUCCCCUGAGAGAUGCUUAAGUCUUGUUCGAUGCAUCGUGGAGCUCAAGGACAGUUCUUUUUUGCAGAUGCCAGAUCUUGAAAGCUCACGGACCACGAAGCCCCUCACACUGUUCCAGUGCACGCUUCUGGCUUUCCGGUUUGUGAUGUCAGAUACAGAGCAUGAUGAGUUUGUCCUCAGGAAAUUCAACAUGACUUUAGAAGGAUUUCAGAGAUUCUCUCCAGCCAUCACACGUUUCAGGACGGCUAUGCUCAAAGGAAGCGGCUUUACAGAGAAACACUGUGAAAUCCUGGUGCCUUUACUGACCUCACCAAACUCUCACCUGACUCAUCUUGAUCUGAGCCACAAUAGUCUGGGACUGUCUGCACUGAAGCAACUUUCUAGGGCCUUCUGUGAUCCCAAAUGCCAGAUUCAGAUGCUGAACCUCAGCCACAAUGACCUCCAUAGUCAGGACUUGGAGCUCAUCAGGAACGUGCUUUCAGGAUCAAAUGUGAAUCUGAAAAUCCUGGACCUCAGUGACAAUCAACUUGAGGAUGAAGGAGUGAAAAUGAUCUCAGCUGGGCUGCAGAGUGCUAACUGUCAUCUUGAAGUUCUGAAACUUUCAGGCUGUCAUAUUAAAGAAGGAGUUUUGAAGUUGCUGUCAUCUUUGAAAGCCAGUCUGAGAGAGCUGGACCUGCAGUAUAAUGACCUUGAAAACAUCAUGGAAAAGAAAUUUUGUCUACGGAAAUAUAAGCUGCCCUCACUGAGAAUUUACACUGGAGGAGUCUGCAGUCACCAACCAGGACUGUACCAAUAUGCUGUCCCGCUCACCUUUGACCCUCAGACGGCUAACGAAUACCUCUAUCUGAACGAGGACAAUACUGUAGCUUUUCGUAAGAGGGAAAAGCAGCAGCUUCCUGCUAAUGACGAAAGAUUUGACAAGUGUAACCAGGUCCUGUGCUGCCAGCCGCUGUCAGGACGCUGUUUCUUCACUGCGGAUGUGUUUGGAGCAGGUGUGCACAUAGGUGUGGCCUGUAAGGGAAUCAAGAGGAAGGGUGUGAAUGACACCGUAUGUCUGGGACGUAAUAAGAUGUCGUGGUGUUUAUGUUGCUCAAAAAAUGUAUGCGUGGCUCAUGACAAAAAGACUGAAUCACUAACUAAACCACUUCAAACAGAGUCCACCAGAAAACUCGGUGUGUUCCUGGACCAGGAGGCUGCUUCUAUUUUCUUCUAUAGGAUGAGCCCAGAGCCCGAACUCUUGUACAUGUUUGAUGCAGAUUUUCCUGAGGACCAGGAACUUUAUGCUGCAUUCAGUAUUCAGGAACCAGACAGCUCAGUCUGUUUAAAGCAAUCAUCACUAUAAGUAGUUACUGUUACAGUUACAAUUUGUGGUCCAGACAUGAAUGAUGACUCAAAGUAGGAGAUGUUUGCUAUUACCGUUGAAGGCGUGGAUCCCAGAAUCAUCAUGGCCUUCAUAAAAAGUAUAUUUUUGCAUGAUUAUUGAUCAAGUUAUUAAUCAGUAUUUAAUCUUAUAUAUUGUUAGUGGGUUGAAUAAAAUUAUUAUUUACAAUAUAGUAGUUAUAGUCACCAAGAAGAACCAUGUUAUUGGAGUGUGUUUUCUCUUGUUCAGGAGAAGCUCCUUCCUUUGCUUACUCCUCUUUACUCCUCUCAGGUCUUUGCAUGCAAACGAAUAUAUGCUUUUAACUUAAAGUUUUUCGCUAUUUCAGCCAAUCAGAGUCAUUUUACCUAAAUAAUGAGUACUUAGGUUAGAGUAUAAUUGCUGUUUUAUUGAGAAUGUAUACAGAGCGGCCUACAAACUCCUUUUUACUGGAUUACUGAACCUGACUUCUGCCGAUAAGACCGCAAACUACUUUUCUACAGUAAUUUUUUUUCUUCAAUUGACUUCAUCUCUGACUCCUGGUCUUCAUUAAUCAUACCUGACCUGGGGUUUAACUGUAAAUUCCCCUACACUGAUUUAGUAAACAGACUUACGGUAUUCACCUAGCAGACCUAGGAACCUAGACCUAGGAACCAGCUAGUAAAACCGAAACAGAAAGUAUUGAAACAUUGCGCACUUGAUAAUCAGCAAACCUCAAAACUCAAGAACUCUUUACUAUAUAAUAAUAUAUAUAAUCAAUACCAGGGGCGUCUCUAGGAUUUUCUUAGCUCAAGUAUGCUAGCCUUUUUGCAACAUGCACUGUUAUAUGUUUAAGUUGUAAUACCUAUAUAUUAAAUAAUACACUGUAAUGUGUAUUAAAAGUUACAUUUUAAAAUGAAAAUGACAACAUGAUCGUUUUAUAAAGUAGGUCUGGCUAUGCGA